AUGACCGAGGUAUCCUCCACCAGGCUGUACCUGGGAAAUCUCCCUCGCAAUGCCACCAAGGCUGAUGUCGAGGCCCAUUUCGCGACCCAUGGCACCGGCGAAAUUACCGAAAUAAAGCUCAUGAACGGAUUCGGCUUCAUCGAGUACAAGGAUGCCAUGGAUGCUCGCGAUGUUGUUCCUGCCUUCCAUGGAUCCGACUUCAUGGGCGAACGCUUGACUGUACAAUUUGCCCGUGGAACCCGUCACAGGGAGGGCGGCAGUGCCGGUGGCUUUGGCAACAAUGAGCGCGCUCCUCCCAGGCCUCGCCGCACUCCCCACCGAAUGCAGAUCACGGGACUUCCCACCGAUACCAGUUGGCAGGACCUCAAAGACUUUGCUCGUCAGUCAAGCCUUGACGUUGUCUACUCGGAAACGCCCCGCGACGGCAACGGGCGCGGCUUCGUUGAAUUCGAGACUGCGGCGGACUUGAGAACCGCUGUCGAGAAGCUUGAUGGCCGGGAAUUCAAGGGAAGCCGCGUUACCUGCGUAGCAGACACUCAACCGGACAUGCCGCCUCGUGGCGACAUGCGCAGCGCUCGGUCUCGUUCCCCCGGCGGCGGCCGUCGACCCUACCCGCCUCCAGUCGACGACUACGACCGACGUGGUCCCCCGAGAGGCUACAGCCCACGCAGAGAUGGUUAUCGUGAGGGAUACCGUGAGCGUAGUCCCCGCCGCGAGUACUACGACGAGCGUGCUCGUUACCGCUCUCCUCCGCGUCGCCCCAUGGACGAUUACCCCCCUCCACGAGGCCGCUACGACGACCCUUACCGACGGGACUACCCCCCGCCGCCCGACCCUUAUGUCAACGGCAGAGGGCCGUAUGAUCGCCCCCCUAGAGACUUCCCUCCCAGGGAAGCAGGUUACCCGCGUGAUGGGUACCCUCGCGAGUAUGAACGUGGUGGCCGUUACUGGUAA